CUGUGCAUCUUAAAAAAAAAAAUCCCUAUAACGCCUAGGUAUUUAAGUUGCUAUGGUCAUUCUUAUCUUAAACCAAAUGGAGAAACUACGGAUUUUUUUCUUUAUUACAGUUGGAUGGGCUGAAGACCGUAUUGCUUGCUAAGAGCUGGGGAUAUAUGCAUUUAUAUAGAUAUACACAUCUAUGUGUUUAUAAAUAUGUCAGUGUGUGAGUAUAAAGUGGUGGUUUCUUAGACUAACUGGUUUGACCUUGAACCUGUACCAGUCAAAACAGAAUAUUACUUUUAUUUAUGCAUUUAAUGGAUUGAAGAAAGAACAUUUUCUCUGUAACUGCGCUAGGGAGGGGAGAGGAGUGGAAUAUACCUAAUCUUAUAUCUCCUGGGUUUGGCACCAUCAUUAUUGUUUAUUCUCAUUCUCUAAAAGCAGAAUCUUCUGAUGGCUCCCUUAGGUGAAGUUGGGAACUAUUUCGGUGUGCAGGAUGCAGUACCCUUUGGGAAUGUGCCCGUUUUGCCGGUGGAUAGUCCGGUUUUGUUAAGUGACCACCUGGGUCAGUCUGAGGCAGGUGGGCUACCCAGGGGGCCUGCGGUCACGGACUUGGACCAUUUAAAGGGGAUCCUCAGGCGGAGGCAGCUAUACUGCAGGACUGGAUUUCAUUUAGAAAUCUUCCCCAAUGGUACUAUCCAGGGAACCAGGCAAGACCACAGCAGAUUUGGUAUACUGGAAUUUAUCAGUAUAGCAGUGGGCUUGGUCAGCAUCCGAGGAGUCGACAGUGGACUUUACCUUGGAAUGAAUGAGAAAGGAGAACUGUAUGGCUCGGAAAAAUUAACCCAGGAGUGUGUAUUCAGAGAGCAAUUUGAAGAAAACUGGUAUAACACAUAUUCAUCAAAUCUAUAUAAACAUGUGGACACUGGAAGACGAUACUACGUUGCGUUAAAUAAAGAUGGGACUCCAAGAGAAGGGACUAGGACUAAACGGCAUCAAAAAUUUACACAUUUUUUACCUAGACCAGUGGACCCUGAGAAAGUACCAGAACUAUAUAAGGAUAUUUUAAGCCAAAGUUGACAAAGACAAUUCCUUCACUUGAGCCCUUAAAAAGUAACCACUAUAAAGGUUUCAUGCGGUGGGUUCUUAUUGAUUAGCUGUGUCAUCACAUCAGCUCCACUGUUGCCAAACUUUGUCGCAUGCAUAAUGUAUGAUGGAGGCUUGGAUGGAACAUACUGAUUUUGUUCUGCACUUAAAGGUUUGUCCUCCUGGAGGAGAGCCUAUGCCCACUCGCUUGAUUUAGUACGAGAGGGAGCGCGAGAGAGUGAGUGCGAGAGAGAGAGGAAGGGAGAGGAUGAAUGGGAGUGAGAGCGCGAGAGAGAGGAGCCGAGGGGAGGAGGAGGGUGAGGAGGAGGAGGAGGAAGGCCUGAUGCAUGCUGGGGAAUAGACACGCUUUUAAAUUUUUGAUCAGUUGUACUUCGUCAUAUAUCAGCAUAGCUGCCAUACUUCGAUUCAUCAGGAUUUUUGGCUGGUGGCCUGCUCAAGUGUACGCUGCAUUUACAAAGGCAUGGAGGGUGCAGUCUUACUUAAACAAGAGACUUUUCAGUUAAUCGCUCUCUGGGUCUCACUCCACUGAGUUUAAAGCAAAGACCUCUUAGUAAAAAAAAUAAAAAUAAAAAGUUAAAUUUAUUUAUAGAAA